AUUAGAUUUCAGACAAGCAGCUACCGUGUACGGUAAGGACUGUGAAAUUGAAAGGGUCAUCCUAUCACUGCAAUGAAAUUGGCUUUUGUAACAGGAUCUAACAAGGGUAUUGGAUAUAGCAUUGUUGAACAACUUGCAAAAUUUUACAAAGAUUCAGGAGAGUGGGAUAUUUAUUUGACAGCGCGAAACGUCGAACUUGGUCUGGAGGCAGUGAAAAAGCUUAGUAGCAAGGGCCUAGAUGUCAAAUUUCACCAAUUAGAUAUAACACAGCCGGAGAGUCGUAAAAGUUUCCUUGAGUUCGUACGGAAGAAUUAUCCUAGUGGUAUUAACAUUGCAGUGAAUAAUGCGGCUAUCGCGUACAAGGAAAACUCACCGGUUCCAUUCGGUGAACAGGCACGGGUUACAAUAAAUACUAACUUCACAUGCACUGUUGACUUUAUUGAAGAGACUAUUCCUUUAUUGGCUGAAAAUGCCAGAGUUGUCAACGUAUCUAGUUCUCUUUCUUUGGUCAGUCUAAGGGAAGUAAGCGAUGAGUUGUACCACAAAUUUGUUGGUUCGAUGAAUAUUUCAGAGCUGAGAGGACUUAUGGCCGAGUUCGUAAAGUGUGCUGAGGAUGGAACUCACUCUUCAAAAGGUUGGCCCGCUGCUCCCUAUAACGUUUCAAAGAUGGGCCUUACGAAAGCUUCAUUCAUUUUCGGAGAGAUGUUGAAAGAUGAUCCCAGAAAAGUUGUGAUGAAUUCAUGUUGCCCUGGUUAUGUUGAUACCGAUAUGACUAGUCACAAAGGAGUGAAAACAACUGAUGAGGGAGCUGAUACGCCGUUUUACUUGUCCACAUUACCAAUUGGAGUUAAAGAACCGAUUAACCAAUUUGUCUACGAAAGGAAAGUGGUCAAUUGGCGCAAGUGAUGUGCUGAGGAGCCUUUCAACUAAUGUUUAUCUGACUCGAGGUUAUUGAUAAAAUUGUGCUAUUUGUGUCAGUUGUGUGAUUGUUACUUCACUCUUUUCUGUGUAGAAUGCAAAACCUUGUACUGAAUUGAUGCCUCAAGAUGAAUACUGUAAACAAUUCAGUAAAUAACGUUUUUAUUCAUAAAA